GGAUACGGUUUAACUGAGUCGUGUGCCGGGGUUGCCCGAACCUCGCCAGAAGAGGAUAAGCGAGUGGAAACAACAGGUAAACUGAUAUCAGGGGUGGAAGCCAAAAUUGUGAACCCAAACACAGGAGAAGCCAUGUUUCCUGGUGAACAAGGAGAACUCUGGCUCAAAUCACCUUCUAUUAUGCAAGGUUACGUUGAUGACCCAGAAGCAACUGCAGCAACUUUGGUGAACGGGUGGUUAAGGACAGGGGACCUUUGUUAUUUCGAUAACGACGGUUUCUUGUAUGUUGUGGACAGAUUGAAAGAGUUGAUCAAAUACAAGGGCUACCAGGUUGCUCCUGCAGAGCUAGAAAAAAGGCUCCUGUCUCACCCAGAGAUAAAUGAUGCUGCAGUUAUUCCAUACCCUGAUGAAGAAGCCGGGCAGGUGCCCAUGGCGAUUGUCGUAAGAAAACCACAAAGUUGGCUUAGUGAAGCAGAAAUAAUUGAUUUUGUCGCCAAACAGGUUGCACCGUACAAGAAAAUAAGGCGCGUAGCAUUUGUGGAAUCAAUACCCAAGAAUGCCUUGGGAAAGAUACUGAGGAAGGACUUGAAUAGGCUUGUUCUCUCUAGGUUAUAA